AUGGAUGCGUUAGAAGUUAUAUCAUCACCAAAAGAAUCUCAAUCCAGUAAUAUCACCAACCAAUCAUCGGACGAAUUCAAGAUCCUGCAAGAAGUAGUUAUUGCAAACUUUCAAAAACCGAGCAUUCCUAAUAUAAAUGUACCAGAACGUAUAAUACUAUGUUUGGAUCUUUGUUAUGAUGAUAACAACACCUUGUAUCGUUUAGGAGAUGGUUCAACAUUCACCCUUAUAAAUAUGUUAAAAAGAAUUUUAGACUUUUUUCUGCAUUCAAAAAAUGCCAUAAAUAAAAAAACAGAGUAUGCAUUACUAAUAUUAAAAGAUACUGAAGCCUGUUGGGUUCAAAAUUUUACAAACAAUCUGAAAGAUAUUGUAAACGUGAUAGAUUAUCUUAAUGCUGAAGAAAGCACAACUGAAAAUUUUGAUUUUAAGAAAAUAUUUCAGAUACUAAAGCAAAAAGUUGAGAUACCAGAAUUUAAACAGGGAGAAAGCAUAUUACCACCUCCAUAUGUGGUCCGAAUGAUAGUCUUGUAUGGGCGAUCAGUCUCUUUGCCUCUGAUACCACAAGAUGAUGUCUAUUUUAAUUUUCUCAAGAAGCAAUUAUAUUUCUAUAUUGACAUAUUAUUCGCUCAUGAAGAAGAUUGUGCACUAUAUAAAUGUGAAGAAAUUUAUGAUGCCCUACAAGAUUUAGAUAAUGGAUAUUCCUAUGUAUUUGAGGUUUCAAGAAAUGCUACAAAGAUACACGACUGUAUAGCUAAAUUACUAGCACAUCCUUUACAGAGACCCCUUCAAAAAAAUACUGACUACACAUUUCAUACUCGAUCAUGA